AUGUACCGGGCGCAGGCCAGGGCAGCAGAAGCCGCCCUACUUGAAGUGCAGUCUAUCGCGAUGCUGAUCGAGCACCUGAAGGCCGAGGACAUCAACCUCAGGGUGACGGCCACGCGGAGCCUGCCGGCGAUCGCCGACGCCCUGGGGCCGGACCGCGUGCGGGCGGAACUGGUCCCGUUCGUGAACGAUUCCACGGACGACGAGGACGAGGUGUUGCUCUGCAUGGCGGAGCAAGUCGGGAAGCUCACUGCGCAUAUAGGAGGAAAGCAGCACGCGCAUGAGCUCUUGGUGCCCUUGGAGCAGCUGGCGUCUGUGGAGGAAAGCACGGUCCGAGAAAAAGCGUUGGAGUCGAUCCAGACGGUGGCUCGCUGCCUGUCGCCGGAGCAGCUGACGGACCACAUGGUACCCCUCCUCUCCAGGCUCACGCUCAAGGAGUGGUUCACGGCCCGCAUGUCGGCGUGCUGCCUCGCGCCGCCGACCUACGCGCUACUGCUGCAGCUGCUGCCGCCCACGGCGCCUGCCGCGUCGGCGCCGCCGGAGGAGGACGCGGCGGCGAGGGGCGGGGCGGGAGCGGCGGCGCGGGCGGAGGUGCGGCAGAUGUUCAAGAAGCUCUGCACGGACGACACUCCCAUGGUCCGAAGGGUGGCCGCGCGCAACCUGGGUCUGCUUGCGAAGGAAGUUGAGACGGAGCUCGUUACGAAGGACCUUCUCGAGCUCUUCACCGGGUUGGCCGAAGACGAGCAGGAUUCUGUUCGGCUACAGACCGUGGACAACUGCUCGGCGCUUGCUCGGGUUCUCCCCGCCGAGGGGCAGAAGGAGCACGUGCUCCCCGUUGUCCUGGACACAACGAGGGACAAGUCGUGGAGGGUACGAUGGAGCGCGGCAAAUAAGUUCCACGAUCUGUGUGCGGCACUGGGCGGGGAGGUCGCGAACGAGACGCUCUGUGGCGCGUACGAGAGCCUGCUUCAGGACGGCGAGGCGGAGGUACGAACGGUGGCCGCAGCAAACGCGACGAAGGUAGUGGAGCUGAUGCAGGUGGACGGUGUUCUCGGAAAGGUUUUCCCUUGCUUGCAGCAGCUGGUGAUGGACCCAAGCGACCACGUCCGCCAGGCUCUGGCAUCGGUGAUGAACGACAUGUCGCCGGUCUUGGGCAGGGAGAACACAAUCAACCACCUGCUGCCCAUGCUACUUACCCUGUUGCGGGAUACCAACCCUGAGGUUCGGCUGAACAUCAUCUCGGGUUUGCAAGCGGUGAACGGCGUGAUCGGCGUCCAGCUGUUGAGCGCGUCGCUGUUGCCAGCGAUUGUUGACCUGGCGGAAGACAAGAAGUGGCGGGUGAGGCUCGCCAUCAUCGAGCACACGCCGGUUCUUGCCAUCCAGCUGGGGGCACAAUUCUUCAACGAUAAGCUGUGCGACAUUUGCCUGGCCUGGUUGGGGGACAACGUGUUCAGCAUUAGGGUAGCGGCCACGGACAACCUCAAACGACUCACAGAUCACUUCGGGACGCAGUGGGCGCGAGAUCACAUUUUGCCGAAGGUGGUACAGAUGCACAUCCACAGCAGUUACCUUCAUCGCAUGACGGCCCUGUACGCGAUACAAGUCCUCACCGAAUCGCUCGACGUCGAGAUGCUCAGCAAGGAGGUGCUCCCGCUGGUGCUGCGAAUGGCCUCAGACCCCGUGCCAAACAUUCGCUUCAACGUGUCCAAGACGCUGGAGAAGAUGGCUCCGCGUCUCGAGAAUGACGCCGUAGAGGCCCAGGUGAGACCAGCACUGGACAGCCUGGUGGACGACGCGGACCGCGACGUACGGUACUUUACUAGAAAAGCCAUGCAGGCGGUGUCGGCGAUGGGGUGACAAUAGGCGAGAGCGCGGUAUUGAUGAGGUGAUGGGGGGCUGUCCACCUCUGUGUAGUCUCUGGUGUUUCCUUAGUGACAAGAGGUAGUUUUUCGAGACUUUUUUCUCUCUCGUUUUUCUCAUUUUCAGGCCCGCCAAGGCUCCGAUGACUCGCGGCCUUUUGUCAGUCGUCGUUGCGGCUGAUGGCCACUUGCUGACUCUUGCGUUUCGUCCACGGCCUACUUGUCGGAACCAUCUCUUCCUUGUCUUCCUUCAAACGGGGGGAAGAUGUUGACACGAUAAAUUUAUGCCUUGGAAGAUGGCGGUACUCGUAGCAGGCGAGGGCUGUACUCUCGAUGGAUGCCGUUUUUUUUCUGCUUGAAGCACCUUAGUCACGCUCGGUUGGGUUGUCACCAUCAGUCGCACAUUCCGUCUCUGAAAGGUUUAAGCCGCAAGCGACACGGUACCCGGUUUCGCACAAAAAUCCUUCCGUCCAGUUGUUUCCCCCUCGUCGAAGCUCGCUCUGAUGACUUCAAGCGGGUGCCAAUGACAGCGGCAGCAUGGUUGUCGGCCUCUUGUGUUGGCCUUAGGGUUGCAUCGCCACACUCAGAUUCACCAAGCACCAAAACACCCGCAUCUCUGUGUGCUUUGGCUGCAUGCAUUUGGAGGAUCAUGUUGAACGUGGUGCGGCGACAGUACGCACAUGUGUGAAAUGGCGUCUGUGCCCGUAGUGUAUUACUGCUGUGCACUCGUAGUCGAUCAUAAGUGGAAUGCCUUCCGUUUUUAAACCGGUUGGGCGGCUCCAAAGUUUUGAGCAAGGCUGCGACAAAUGGGUCUUCCGUCUUGGCUGCUCACAGCAUGCUGCGACGAAGGUGUGUGGGAUGAUACCCUUUAGACGAGCCUUGCUUGAGUGAACGCUUGGGGGGUCGGUUCGAUCAGGUCGAUGGGAUUUCUUUCAAGGGGCUGAGCCCGCAGUAAUUUUGAUGGCGAGCGCCGAAGCGUGCGAGGGCCUCUGUCGCGCAACCCUACCAAGAAGGGUCAGCUACAUCCGUUCAAGGCAUUGUUAUUAGUACAAAGUGUAUGAUCUAGAAACAAUCCGCAAUAAGGCGGGAAGCCGUAAGUUUGGCGAGAAGCACGCAGGGUACCCGGGGGUGGUUCAGUUGGCAACCUCUCGUGUCCUCCUGGCUGUCGAGAAGACGGGUUCGAAUGUCUGGAGUAAACAUCUUUUCACAGAGGUGAAAACUGCACAGUAGCAAGUGUGCCCAAGAGGGGGAAGGAACCGCUGAAUAGACUAUUUUUCGCGUUAGAAAGGACAUGUUCCGCUGAGGUGAUCGGAUGAUGCAGGUUUGGCAAGUUCCCAGGUUUCUUGUUUCCAGUAUGUAAGGACGGAAGCGCAGAGACACUUACGAGAACCAGCGUGACCAGGGCUGGCCGUACGUGUGUGCAGAAUCGCCUGAGGGAGUUUACGGGAGGUAGGGCAUGCUUGUGUAUGUCGCGAUUGCCCUUCAUGUGGAACGAGUGAAAACCGCAACCUUUCUAUUUUUCUUCGGGUAACAUUCAAAA